UCAGCCAGGUCAAAGAAGGGAACAAUUAUAGUGACUGUGACCGUUUUCGUGACCGGCGCCCACUGGAACCUCUUCCGCCCGCGAAGAGGCUUCUUCACCAGUCGUAUGAUCAAAAAUACAGACGGACGAACGUUGUCCAGCAAACGUUUCAUUCCUCUUGGAAUAUAAAUCAAAACUGUUCUAUGUUUUCUGCGAGCAACUGCCCCAGAAGCAACUCAGAAUCCCUGAGCACUGUGUUUAGGAGCUGCGCAAACGGGAACGAUAUGGCAUCCGACCUCAAGUCAAGACUACAUUCCAGCUUCCAGGACCUGGGCGGAGGGGUCUCUCCGCCACCUGGCGGUGAUUUCUCGCGCGCUAGCGAGUUCCACCGAUUUUAUGAAAAUCGAUGUCAAGAUGUUCGCCGACGUCUCCUCAACCAGAGUCCAUUGGGCAGAUUGUCGCCCUUCAGCAUGACUUCGUUCAACGACCUCAGUCUCACAGGCGAAAAGUUCUGCGUCAGACUCGACGUUGGACAUUACGGACCAGAAGAUAUUGAGGUGAAGACCGUCGACCAGCAAGUGGUUGUGAGAGGAAGACACGACGAACGCGCCGACGAAAUUGGCACUAUUUGUCGCGAAUUUACCCGUAGAAUUCAGCUUCCCAAAGACAUACAACCGGAAAGCGUCAAAUGUUCACUAACCUCCGAUGGGUAUCUGGUGAUCGAGGCGCCGCGCAAGCCCGAGAAGCCACCCGCGAAUGAGCGUGUCGUGCCGAUCAAGGUGCUUGAUACUCCAGUCAAUAAUAGCGCAUCACAAAAGAUCAACAACGGGCAUGGAGCUCGGUGCACCAGCCCAUCACGACAUCACUGCACCUCAGCUGCCAGUAAUCCAAUACCACAGAUGAGUUCAUCAAAUAUAUCACAGCAGACGACUCAGAGCAACGGGACGACGACUACAACAGCGACCCUCCGUUCGAGUACAAUGACCAAAGUAACCGCAGGAGCUUCCGAUUUAUGAGCUCAGAUGCACAAUCCUCUCGACCGUCGAUGAUCAAGCACCCACUCCGAACAUGUCAGUUGAUUCCCGUUCGGAAAACGAGGACUUACACGAAUAUGAUCGGAAAAUAUCUUCCGGGCAUCUUUAUGAUCAGGAUACGUUCAGCACGAGCAUGCAAUGAUUUCAAAGGACCAUUUCAACUACUACUAACUAUGAAAAUAUUGAUAGCUAUAACAGCUGAUCGUCGCACGUUCAUGAUGAUACGUGGAAAAAUACAAUUGGCUAACAUUUACUCGACGUAGAGCGGCAUGCGAGAAAAGUAACUUUGAUAUUAUAUUGAUAUUCGUAUACCAUACACUAGAUCUAUCUAUAGAUGUAGUCUAUUUUACGGUGUAAGUUAUUUAGGAUUCUUGAUUGGUAAGACAUUCGAGUACCAUCAUCUUGGUAUGAAACGACUACAUUCAUAUAAUAGUUACUAAGUUCCGCAAGUAACUGUUAACGAUAACUGCUGCACUUGGCUAAGUACGGUCUUUGUGCCUUGAGCGAAGAAGACAGCUGGCCCGAUAUUCCACCUUGCUGCUAAUUUUCAGUCUAUUUUAGAACGCCACUAUUCUAGACCUCCCGUGUUAUUGGGCAUUUUAAUCCGUCUACAUAUAUAUAUAUGUAUAUUACAUCGAUUCAAUUAUUUCCAAUAGUAUCGUUGGCAGGCACCGAGGGCUCAGGGUGCUCACUGGUGAAAAUUUGACCAGGUUCACUUCUGGCGAACGGUAAACAACGGAUAACACUGUUUACCAGACGACUGUCAGCUAUUCCGUAAAGCUGAAACGUCGAAAGCUGUUUUCAGACCCAGACUAUCAUUUGCUAUUUAUCUAACCCAAUUUAAACAAACACACUUAGAUCUCCCCCACGAAAUCUGUGUGUCCAGCGCCGCAAAGUAUAUGGAGUGUUUGAUUAUGAGACGAAGAUAUAUACUGAAAUUUGUUUUAAAGCCGAGGAACAUAUUACAGUGGUAAGGUUGGCGAUAAUUUAUUUUUGUUAACUUAAAUAAAUCAACAAGGGAGCAUUAUGUCUAAUUGUUCGAUAGUUUUUCAAUUUCGGAAUGCUCAGGAAAGCCGUAUGUAGACGCGCUAUGCGGCUAAAACGUUUGUUGACCGCGCAGAUCAUAAAAAACCAUCAAAUGAUAUAAGAAAAUAGGGAGUUAUAGGUCUUAACUGCUAGAUGGUAAGUGCAAACAGUUUAUAGUCGAAACACAAUAAUCUCGAAAUAAACAAUAAGUUUACAAACGAUCAAAAUAAGCAAUGUC